CUGUUCCAACGCCUGAGCUCAUCCCAGUGCAGCGACCAUCCCAUCCAACAAAUUGGUCUUCUUCACCAAGACGCUGCAGAUCCCGUCGUACUUGUGCAAACCAUAUAUUCGCCAUUCUCAGAAUAACCUCAUGUCCCUCAAAUCAACUCAGCUGUUUUUCGCUGGCGGAAAGAGAGAGGAUCUUGGUCAUUGAGACUGAGACUGAGAAUUUUUUGCUGUGGUCUCCACGGUCGUGGUACCUGUAAGUAAGCCUAGCUUGAUCAUCCCAUUCUCAUUCGCUGGGACCUCAGCGACAACACAUGUUUCUGAGAUAGCUUCCAGUCGCACCUGCACAGCACAUCACAUUCCAGAGACUCCCAACUUGCACCUGCUAAUCGAUGGAAUGUAUUCGCUUCAUAGACCAUGGCCCCUAUCAAAGCCGAGACCCCAAACGACAAUGACAGCGAAACUUUUCCAUCCUCGUCAGAGAAACCCAUGAGCACAACACCAACGCCUGCGAAUAAUACCCGGCGACGUGGUUCUACCGCUGUCAAACGUCCUCCCAAUGGCAACGGCAAUGCCAAACCCUCCAAUAAUACCAGUACACCCGCACGAAAGGCCGCUACACAGAAUAAAAUGAAGACGCCCACCUCUGCUCCUGCACGCACAAGAACUGGAGCGAAAAAGGCUGAGCCAACAUUGCUAGCGGACUUUCUGCUGGGAAGACCAAGUCCUGCGAGGGUAAGAAGCAAAAGUGUCCAUGUCUUGAAGGCCGAUAUGCGAGCAGAUCUGGUGGGAAAAGUACAGCGCCCGGCGGGAACCAAUGAUCGAGUCAAGAAUUGGCAGAAGACGAGCGCGGCAGCAAUAGUCAUUGAUCCUCUGGCAGAUGUUGCGAGUCUACCAGAUGAUCUCGGAGGAUGGGAAAACGAGGAUGAUGGGAGUGUCGACGAGGAGGCACGGCUGAGGAUUAAAUUUCGGGGGGAUAAGAGGAGUCAUAUUAGAGGGAGGAGUAGCGUUUCUCAUCCAGCCAACGAAGCCCCGAAAAAGAGAGUUAUAAGUGAUUCGCAGUGGAUGAAGAACAAGAAAAAGACACCCCCGAAAACCUCGGCAAUCCCCAAGAACUUUCUACAGGCAACAGCGACGAAUCCUCCCCUAGAAAAGAAGAUAUCAGAUUGGGUGAAGAGGACAGAGGCGGAUGCGGAGGCCGCAAGCAAACCCAAAGAGAGGCCACGGAGUCGAAAGGUUUCCAAGCAUGACCUAUUGGAGAAGACACGAUCAGAAUCGUCGAGGCCAGGAACCCCAGAUGAUGGCAUUCGCAUAAAACCGUCACCGGCGCAUUCAUUCGACGAUGGAAUUAGAGUAAAGCCUGGGGGAAGCAGCUUGGUAGAUGAUGGGAUCCGGGUAACGCCACUGGAGAAGAAAUCAAAGUCUAGAGAUGCGCUUCAUGACAGCGAAAGGGAGGAUGGACCUCGUACCUCCAUGUCUAGCUCUCUCCCCAAAACUCGAAAGUCCGAUGUUAAAGAGGAAAUACCUCGGACCAAGCUGGUAGAUCACAAAGCAGAAGAAGAAAAACGGGCAGGUCGUUCCAAGGAUGGACCAGUCGAUGAUGGCAUCAGGAUUAAACCUGUUCGGAAGAAGGAGAGCAAGAUGCAGAAUGACAAUAGCGACGUUAAGGAUCUCCUUACGCCUAGGAAGAAGAGUGAGAAGCAAUUGAGAGUUCCCUCGGAUGCUGGCAGUGCACGGAAGACCAGCUCUCAAACUCCAACGCAAAAGGAUGAACUUGAUGACGAUGACAAAUUUUCGACGAUGACACCAAGCCCACCUGAGGGUCGCAAACGCCGCAAGCAAAAGGCCCAGACUCCUCCAGAAUCUCUUGCAGAUGUUCCUUUUGGAAAUUCUGCUUUCAGUACUCUUGACCUACCUCUAGGCGCUGAAGCUGGUAACACGGUCAAGAGACCUCCGCCUAAGCGAAACCCAAGUUUUGCAGGAGUACCCAAAGUUUUGAAGAAAGUCUUCAAUGAAGGCAUGAAAUUGGCUCACGACACCGCUGAGCCACCUCGGGGUGGAACAAAUCACCCACCAAGUAUUGAAUCCUGGCUCAAGGGAACAUCAGAUCCAUUUGUGGAUAAACCAACACCACCCGCUUCUAUACUUGACGUCCCAGAAACAGAACCUUCGGAUUCGAGGAAACCAAGCUACAAGAAGGACGACCAGUUAGAAAAGGCCCUGACUGCUGAACGCGAACGAAGCGAGAACAAACCCAAACGACACGAGCGAAGCACCCCUGAACUGCCUGAAAACAAAGCUCCUUUGGAAGUCCGAAAAUCCCGUGAGGCUCUUCCUAGCAUGACCACCCCUCCCCCCAUGUCGCCUGGUAGUCUCAAACGAACUGGGGCAACUCGCAAUACCUCUUCACCUAAAAUAGCUAAAAAGCUACCUCUAAAGGAUGUUCUUAUGGAUGCUUUUCGAGGCGAAUCCACUACGUCACGCCCGAGAAGCAUGUCCAACCCAUUUGUUGAAAUUACUGGACUACGGGAACGGGAUAUCAACUCUAGUCCGCGCCCUAUAGAUCAUAGAAUAAGCCGUGAUUUUGGAGAUGAUGCUUCUUCUAUUAAUGACACACCACGCAAAGCAACCCCACGAGCGCUCGAAAAACACCACCAUGAUGAACCGGAAAAGAAGAAGUACGAGGUACCUCACAGGGAAAAGAAUCUUGCGCCUAGGAAAAAAAUGUCUCCAGUCAAUGGCGGACAUCGACUAUCAACUAUUGCUUCAGCCGAAACAUUUAGCACAUCAUCCUCAGCAAUGGGAAUAUCUUUGCUGUCAGAAUUAUCACAAACUACAGUUACUCAACUCACAGCUACGACUGUGCCAACAGCCUCAGGCCUAUCACGAAAUAGCCAAAAGGGCAAUAAAUCAGGCUUGAAACGGCGCUUGACAAAACACUCUGAUCUGGUAUCUGUACUAUCGCUGCCAGAUGUCGUUCAACCUGCACGGGGAAGUAGUGUGAAGUCGAUGCGAAGUAUUCGCUCGAACAGAAAUCGCUUAGAAACAGCGACUUUAAAGGAUCACAUGAAGCAACUUGGCAACGACGAAGUCAAGUACGCAAUGGAGCUUAAGACACUUGUGGAUGGAGUGAUCCCGGUUCUGCUGACUUGCGUUUUGUCAAAAUCCGAAUCUGCCAUUGCCGCGGGGCUAUUCAAUCCCAACCAUGAUGCAUCAUGCGAUCCCGCAAUAACCAAGCCUAUUGUUGACAUGGGGAUUGCCCUUGAACGAUUAAGGAGCCUACACAAACAGAUUCCCCUUGUUGAUGCUGAUGCAUUCAUAACAUGGGCACAAAGAGCACACAAAACCUAUGAAGAUUACCUAGUGGCAUGGCGUGCUGGAUUUCAGGAUGUGGUGGUCAAUUUGGAGCCCAGCAAAGCUAAAACUGACGAAAAGCUCGCAAUAGAUGGUAUUGCACGAGACAAGAAUGGUGAUGCAGUUGCAGCCAAUGGAGAACGAGCUGAUGUCGCUUAUUUCCUGAAGAGGCCCUUGGUCCGUGUGAAGCUUCUUGCACGAACUACGAAGGUAAAAAACAAUUUUCGAGAAGAGAGUACCAGAUGAAGACUAACACGCAAAUAGGGAUUGAAUAGGGUAAUAGCAUCAGAGAAAAGUAAGUUAUUAGAAGAAAAGUACCAAGCUCUGAACGAGACUGUUCGUCGCCGAUACCAAGAAGAAAGCGCGAGGAUUGAAGACGAAAAUGCAAAUAAUACAGAUCCUACGCGAGCCCGAGAUCCCAGAACGUUGGACUUGGUGGAAGGUGUAAAGAUUGACCGUACAAGACAAGUUUGUGCCAGAGAUGUUUUCUACUUGGAUUUACAGCAUUCAGGCGGCCAGCGUCUAGAUUGUAGGAUCGAACUGAUUUUGCGUGAUAAGCCUAAUGAUGAGGGAGAUGUUCUCAUCUGCGAUGUGGACGAUCUGAGGCGCUAUCUCCUCUUUCCGCCUAUAGCCAAAGGUCUUAUUUCAGCUCGUUUGGGCGAAAAUCAGGGUCAGGUUGUCAUCAUGAUCAGAGGCAACCAAGGGCCCAUGGAAUGGAGCGAAGUGAUGCUACUAGAUUCUGGAGAUGCUGAGGCUGCAAGCGAAUGGGUUGAACUUCUCGGUACAUACCCGAUGCCGCCUCACACGGAAACCAUUGUGGAUAACACAAUUGAGCUCGAUUCUUUAGUAGUCAAUCUUCCCGGUUAUAAGGAGAAGAGCGAGUUCUUCAUGGCAGGGGGUCUCGGCAUAGAUGAGGUUCAGGUGCCCAUCGGAGAGAGAAUAAGACGAGAAGCGAAAGAAAGUACAAGCCCAAAGGAGCUUCGACGAUAUCCAACUCACAGGACUACAUCGUCUAUUGGAACGAUCCCAGAAUCAAUCGCUGAGGAAUCCGUCAUCAGCGAGUCCGUCAAAGAUCUCAACGACGCAAUGAACAAAGCAGGAACCCUUGUGACUCCAAAACGAUCUAACGCAUCAAGAUAUCAUGAACGAAGCAAAUCUCAACCAACUACCCCUAUCCGUGAUCGUGACAGCGAAUCACUUUCCAACCAUUCUACUACUACGCAAUCUAAGGAGGAUGAGAAGUAUGCAGCAACGUCAGCUACCAAAAAUCUGGAUAGGUUCGGACCAAGAGAACUGAACCACAAAAUGCCAAAAUCUCGUUCUUCUAGUACUUCAUCGAAUCCAGAACUCGUCGAGGCGAUGGCGAUGGUUCCUAUGAGAGAACCCGUAAGACCGAAAUCAGCGGGCUCGCAACACAGCAGCAUUUCAAGCACGUCAAGUCGCGAUGAGGCUCCUCCUCCACCUCCUGUCCAUAAAGUGCCAACAACCCCAAGUCUGCACAAGAAAACACCCAGUAUGGAGGCUCCGGUACCACGCUCGAACAACCGACGAACUUCCUCCCCGUUGAAGCAUGAAUACCAGCCUUCAGAGGAUACGUCGUCCUCCGAAUAUUCCAGUUCAGAAGAUAGUGGCUCGUACUCGGACUCCUCUUCAGACGAUGAGAUUGACGAUGAUGAGAUCCCUGACGCUAUACCAUUAUACGCAAGAAAAGUGUCACCAUCUGGAUCCAUCUACAGCCUUCCAAACGCCAAUUUUCCGCCCUCGAGCUCUACACUCGCCCCAUCCAACUCAGCUUCUCAGGGUCCUUACCGAAGUACGCCUGUACAAUGCCCGCCAGAGCAGAUGGUCAAAAAUGUAGUGAUGAACCUGUCAUACUGGAAUGAUAAAGGUCAGUGGAUUGAUAUCCAUCCUGGACCCGUCUCUGUUGUUGUUGGGCCUGGAUGGCUUCGUGCAUACAAACUAGAUGAAUCUCACUUCUCUUCUGGAUCUGACGGAGAGCGAAUUGAUAGCGACAAUUUUGAAGCGGAACUUCCACUUCCUCUCAUAGCACAAGAGCUUACACCAAACGUGGUCUUAUCAAGACAUACGAUUGAUAUCCACGUUCGAUCACCACUAAUGUCCGAGUCCACUCUCAAGAUCAAAGGACAUACCAUUCGUUACCAUAUGCUCACACCUGGUGCAUGUAUCCGUUAUUAUCAAGCACUUUAUGAAUCUUGCAAGAGCAACAUGACCUACAACAGACUCGAAGAGGAGAGAAGAGUUAACGCAUAUGGUACUUAUGGAGCGGCAGCACCAACCAAUCGUCGCAAGAGUUGGUUUGGCAGAAGAAACAGCUAUCGAGCAUCAGCACGCGCCCCAUCUGAACAAGCAUCUGAACAAAGUGGCAAAUCCUCACAGUCAAGACUUUCCGCCCUACGAAGUCGUCUCAGUGGUGGUGGAGGAACCUUCAACAUUGCCAAAUCAUUCAUUGAUGUUUCCCAAGGAGGUCGACCUGGCUCAGCAAGUCUCGGGUCCUCGGAGUACUCUGGUAUCACACCUCCCCGCACACCAACAAGCAUGUUUUCGGGCACCACCAACACGGCACAAUUAACGGAUUUGGGCUCCUCGAACAUCAAGAUCCGACUCCAUCAACAAAUCCGUAAUCGCUGGUGUGACCAGAAAUACGCUUACCUUACCGUCACACCGCCUCCUCCUGGCAGAAGAUCCAACUCCACGCUCCCCCAAGGGUUGGAGAAACAUAUCAUUGUUACGAGGAGGGAACACGAUCAUGCUGAUGGGCCGGGACAGGUGCUUAUCGAUGAGGUUGUUGGCGCCCAUUGCUUUGUGAUGCUGGGGAAUAAGGGGGUGAUGGUUUGCAUCUGGGAUGACAUCAAGGGCCCCAAUGGGGAGGUUGGGAUGGUUGGUAAAGAGGGAGGUGUUAGUGGAAGCCAGAGAAAGUAUUGUUUCCAGAGUCGGUUUAGUCCACAUGCAAAUUGGAUUUUUGCUUUGGUUUCUGCGGGGGCUUAGAGUCUCUGGUGGAGAGGGUUUCGAGAGAGGUCGAAGGGGAUGUGGAUGAGAAGGGGAGUGGAGGUAAUGAGGAUAUGAGUUAUGAAUUUCCUUUUGGAUCUUGGGUGAGAGAUGAGUGGAGGUUUGGAGGGGGUAUCUGAGUUGAGCGUUGUGGUGAGAAGAGCUUGUUGAGUGGGGAGAAGGGAACGACGAGAGAAAAAAGGCAUAGAAGGGAGAAGGAGCAUGGAAGGGAGAAGGAGCAUGGAAGGGAGAGGUGGCAUAGGAAGGACAAGUGAAAGGGCGUAUUCAGGCGUUUUAUCGAUGGGUUGGCAUGGAUUUGGAUUUGGGUUGGGUUGGAUUGAUGAUAUCAAGGGCAUUCAUUCACACAUUUUGUUGAUGUUUGCCAUGCACUUAACCUUUUUUUGUUUUGUAUACUAAACUACAUUUUUGUUUUUUAUCGUGGGAUAGGAGGUGGGUGGAUUUUUGAGAUGGGAUUGCAUUUAGAUGGAUGGGAGCGAUGGGAGGGGUGGAUGGUUCUUGUUCUUUUCUUUUUUUGUGAUUUAGUGCGGUUUAGUUUUAGCGUCGUUUAAUUAGGAGUUGUGUACAGUGAUUUGUCUUUGUAUCG